CUGACAUCAUUUGAUGACUGGAUCUCAGUCUGCCAUCACAUGUGAGCAUGAAAUGUAAUCAGAUUACAAUUAGGCUGUCUGCUUUUAAAGCGGAAACUAUAUUUAUGCCAGCUGCAGCAGAGCUUGUGCUUCAAACUCAGUCAUGUGACAGGGCUGUCAGUGUUUAGCCCCUCCCUUCAAUGACGCCUCUUUAUACCUGAAGGUAAAAAAACCUUUCAGAUAGGACUCAGAGGUCCUACAGAAAGUCCUUCCUCCAGCUGUCAUAAACACUACACUACCCAUAAUCCUCAGAGUUCACACUCAGGUAAUUCUCCCUAAACAGUCUGAAUGGCCCAGAGGCAGCCCUCUGUAAUCUGCUGCUAUGGCACCAGCCCUGAAGCACAGACAUGAAGAGAAAUGCACUCUGGGAGUCGUAGGCUGAACCUCCAGAGUCUGUCUGCUCAAGUUCCAGUGGCCCCAAGCUUCUCACACACACAGCGUGCUGUACUCUGUGUUCCUGAUGCUAAUUCUGAGCACGCUCACAUGGAGUGUUAGUGGAUGAGGUUGAUAUGAAGGGGAGGAGCCUGGUGCUCCUAGCAGAGCUAGCAUUGGUCAGCUGUACUGCAGGUGGUGGGAGGUGAGCUCUGAUUGGCUGUUUGUAGCAUAAAACAGGAAAAAGCUGAGGUGUUUGCAACAGUUUUCUUCUUCUUCAUGUCACAGGUGUGAACGCUGCUCUUGCUGCUCCUGCUCCUCCUGCUCCUCCUGCUCCUCCUGCUGCUCCUGCUGCUCCUGCUCGUCUGUUGCUCCUCCUCCUCGCCAACACCGCUCGCUCACCAUGGCCGACUGGACCCACUGUCUGCACUUCGGCAUCUCUGUUGCUAAACAGGCCAGUAAGGUGGUGCUGACAGCGUUCCAACAGGAGAAGGAAGUGAAGCUCAAAAGCUCUCCGGCUGAUCUGGUGACAGAAACGGACCAACGAGUUGAGAUGAUCAUCUCAUCUGCCAUCAGGAGCCAGUAUCCUCAGCACAGGUUCAUCGGGGAGGAGUCUGUGGCUGCAGGUGAGCGUGUAGAGCUGACCGACUGCCCCACCUGGAUCAUCGACCCCAUUGAUGGGACCGUGAACUUUGUCCACAGGUUCCCGUUUGUUGCCAUCUCCAUCGCCUUCACUGUCAGCAAGCAGACGGAGUUCGGGAUCGUGUACAGCUGUGUUGAUGACAAACUGUUCCACGCUCAAAGAGGAAGAGGAGCGUUCCUGAACGGAGAGCCGCUGCACGUCUCUGGACAGGAAGAUAUCAGCCAGUGUGUGGUGGUGACAGAGAUCGGGGCAGAGCGUGAUGACCUCGCCUUGUCCACCGUGACAUCCAACAUCUUCAGACUGCUGAAGCUUCCUGUGCACGGAGUGCGUGCACUGGGCACAGCAGCGGUUGACAUGUGUCAGGUGGCGACAGGCGGUGCCGACGCCUACUAUCACAUCGGGAUGCACUGCUGGGACAUCGCCGCCUCCGCCAUCAUUGUCCGGGAAGCUGGAGGAGUUGUCAAAGAUACGGACGGCUCAGAGUUUGACAUGAUGUCCCGAAGAGUCAUCGCCGCCAGUUCCGCCGCCGUAGCCAGUCGCAUCGCUCAGGUGAUCCGGCCGUUCCCCUGUAGCCGUGACGAUGAUGACCAACACAGGUGUGUGUGUGGGGCGACCGGUGUGAACAGACUGUAGGUCAGCUGACAGGAAGUGUGCUGCUGCAGACGAUAACAUAUUGAAAGUGAUUAGUGACAC